AUGCCUCUUCAUUUCUCUCAACUCCCGAGUCAUAGAACUUACGUUUUGCAUUGGUAUCGUUAUACCCUCAGAAACGUUCCCAAAAAUGUUCACUCAGUGCAUUUGCAAAGUAGGAUCAAAAGUAUAACCAAAAUUACCUUGUUUAAGCAUAGACAUGACAAAUCGAGCUGGAGUGUCUACAGACUAUUAAGAGAUAUGAAGACUUUAAAUGGUCUUUUGCUCAAGUCUAAGACGGAAAAAGUUUGGAAACUCUUGACCACUUAUUCCCAAAAGACGCCGAGAUCGAGAAGGAAGACGUCGAUUUCAACAGUGACUUCAGAACCUCCAAUACAAGAGCCUGAAGUGGUACGAAACGCCAAAAUUUUGCACGAUUAUAUUCUUGAGAAAAAACGUAAUUAUUCACUACCAAAUGUUGUCUCUGAUGAAUAUAAAUCAGAGCUUCUUAUGCCGCUGGCACUGCACGAACAUUUUCUAGCAAAAUUGCAUAGAAUAGAAUACAAACUAGCCCUUGGCCCUCCCAAAGUGUCUGUCAAUUAUACAGCAGCCGGCAAAGCGCGCAUAUGGUUUGUAAGGUCGGCACUCAAUAGGGGAGUACGGCAGUCCAAAGCAUUGGGAAGACUUAUUCGAGCGGAAAAGAGGAAUGGUCAAAAAAAUCUCGACUAUUGGGACAAUUGCCGAUCAGUAAGCGUUUGGGCUUGGCAUGAAGCUGCGUGGGAACACUUAAUGGAAACCGGGACAAUGUUGAAAGGAAAUCCUGAACAGUUCUUGAGUACCACGAAUAAGAACCGUGGUAGGGACUACGGUGGUACGGGCCCGGUAGAUGCUAAGGCCAUUCGUGAAUGGUUUGACCCCAUCAACGAGUCUCUCAAACGUCUCAAUUCGCAAAGUAUCGACAAGGCCAACUAUUUCGAAGGAUACAAGCACAAAUCGGUGCUGCAAAGUCAACGACAGUAUUUUACCAAAAAGACUGAAGUGAUGUAUCUGAAUCGAAGAAGGCGGUAUACUCGAAUGUUAAAAGAGCACCUUCCUUAUGUGACGCCCUUCUUCAAAAAUCAAAAUCUUCCUGAUGUAAUGAAAUCAUACAAAUUUUGA